AUGAACAAGAACCCGUUCAUCCCCACCCCGUCCUACUCUCCGCCGCAACCACCCCUCCCGCCGGGCCCGCCUCCCCACUCCGGCCAGCCAGACUACUCGGGGUACUGGGCAGCUGCAGGCUCGCAACCCCAGGCGCAGGGCGCCGGCGCGUACGGCACGCAAUGGACUCCACCUCAGCCAGCAACCCCUCAGCAGUCCGCGCUGUACGCCAACUACGGCUAUGGAGGACAGCAGCCCUGGCAGCAACAGCAGCAGCGACCGGCGCAACCGCAACACUUUCCGGCCCCGCCGCCCAUGGUGCAGGCUGCGCCACCUCAACCCGCAUACAACCCCUAUCAGCCUCAGGCCGGCGCGGGCUUCGUGCAGCCGUACGUGCCCCAGCCGGGCCCAGCACCGCAGGUGCCCAUGCAGCAACAAUAUCAGCCGCACUUUCCUCAGCCGCCGCAUCAGCCACCCCAGCCUUACCAGCCUCAAGCGCCUCAGUUGCAACAGCACCCUACCGGACCGAGACAACAUCAGCAGAACCCCAUGCUGCACCCGCCACCGCCGCCGCACAUGUCACCUCCCGCAAAGCGACCGCGCUUCGACGGACCCAACAAUCAGCAAGGGUUCAACAACAACAGCCGCCCGCCUGCUCAGUUUCCCAACCCACCGCCACCCACUGCCCCGCAAGCCUUUGGCGCCGGUCCGGGACAUGGACGUGGAGGCGGCCCCGGCGUCAAUCAGAUGCCGCUUGGCGGUUCAGGAUCACGAGGAGGGAUGGCCGGAGGCAGAGGUGGUUCGAAUAUGGGCCGUGGGGGAAAGUCUGGGUUCAUGAACAACCGUGGAGGGCAGGCGAACCGCGGAGGCCGUGGAGGGAGUAUGCACGGCAGCAUGAGCGGUGCCGGUCGAGGCGGAUCUCAAGGAGCAAUGGGUUUCUCCGGCAACUUGCGCGGGCACGGCUCGCGCGGUAACGCUUAUGGCAACAACAACAACCGUCGAGGUGGCGGUGGCGGCGGUUCCUUCAAUGCCGGCCGUCCUGAUCAGCAGCAAAGCCAAGGAGCCAACGUGAAUCAAUCGCAGAAUGGCUCUUUCCGGGGCAGAAGCGGCCAUUUCAACCAGAACCGUUCUGGCGGUCAUAAACACGAGGGUGGCAAGGAGGGACAUGCACCUCCGCUGGGCCCGAGCGCCAGUCUCAGCCAGAUGGGAGGCGCUACUGCCAAGAAGGACGAGAAUAGGCGUACUCUAACCGAUUUCAAGAUCGUUGGGCUGCAAAUUACAGACCUUGGCUGGAGCUGGGGCGUACUCCCCAAGCAGCCCGCAUCACACGUAAAGAAAGAAGAAGAAGAGUCUGAACUCCCGGAACCCUCUGGGACUACGCAGCCUCUCGAUGACGUCAAAGUGAACGAUGAGGGCGUUGCGGUUUCUGACACGGACACUCAGCCUGAUGACUCGAAUGCCACUGGUGCUGAAGGAGCCGUCAAGCGAGAGCCCACAGAGGCGUCGCUAUCGGCGGAGGUCGAUCGGUCGUCCGGUACCAUCACGGAUCUAAAGUCCUCAUUGUACGCUGGUUCGUUAUACAGCCAGUCUUCCAGCGCUGCGUCUCCACCUUCUCGCAUCCGGAUUUAUUUCCACACGCCCGUUACUGCUGACGAUUCUCAUCCGAUUCCCCAUAGCAAUGCUUCCUCUUUCACUCAUGUCAUCGGUGGCGGCGUGCCGCUUGGCCCCGCGGCAGAUUUUGGACGGAAGGGUAAAAGAGCCAGAAGGGACAGAGAUGACGAUAGCGAUGGGGACGCUGAGGAAGGACGCACACGGCCGCCACCUCCAGGCGAGAUGGACCGAGAGAGUGUUGCGGCGAGUGCAAAUGCGGACGUGGACGAGAGCAGGGCCAGCGUUGCGCCAAGCGUGACGCUGACAGAGUCCGUGGGCGAAGGUGACUGGCUCAUGGGUGCCAUGGGAGGAGAAGGGCACGACACGGAUCGGUACUCGGAUGGCGAUGCCCAGACAGUGGUUGACGACCACGGGGACGAACCAUCGCAGUAUGAGCGUGGCGUCGGUGAUGAGCAGCCUCAUCCCGAGCAUGCCGCACAUGUAGACUCGAGUUUCGCGCCGGAUAGUCAGGUGACGGAUGCCGGUCUCGGCGGCCCCGCCGCGACGGGCGAGACUUCGGACUUGUCGUCGCAUGGCACGAGCGUCACGCUGCCUACGGCAGGCUUAGGGGACGCUACCAAAGAAUUUCUUGCGGAGCAUCCUGCGGAGUCUAACCUAACCACGGUGGACGAGCAUCAUACGGAGCCGUUGACGGUUCAGCCUGCGACGAACGGAGCCGUCGAGGAUGGAAAGGAUGCCGCCUCUCUCGAGGCGGUAAAUGGGACUGCACUCGUGUCUGACACCACUUCGGUUGGGUCUUCCAUCUCGAAUGUUGAUGCUCUCGAAGGGACAGUGAACGUUGAACAAGGGACAGGGACCGUCGGGAAUGCUUCCUCGAUUGCCACCGUUCCUGAGGCUGUUGGCACGGAGGGCAAUGUUCCUACUAACAGUGACGAGAGCAGCGAAGCAGCCGCUACAACUCACAUGCAUGACGCGGCUAUCCCAGACGUUGAAGGCAAUCAUCCAAGUACCGCAUCUGAAGAUGGGGUGGCUGAGCUCGUCAACGCUUUGGAAUCUGGAGCUACCGACAAUGGACAGGAGGGCCACGACGAUGUCCCUCAUGACGACAGUCUGGGCCUCGAGACGUCCAUUAGCACGACAGUAGAAUCUGACACUCAGCCGACGCAGACCUCUCCAACCCUUACCAGCUCAAAAUUGAAGGAUCCGAAGGCUGCGCACGUACCUUCGGCAAAUCGUCUAUCGAUAUCUUACGCUGCGGGUAGCAGGCGGCUUGUCAUUGAUGCUCAGGUGGUGGAGACGCUUAAGGUCUACAGGGCCGAGGGUCGCAUAGAAGUGGCCUUGAUCAUCGACCGUGAAGGCGAAGGCUUCCGUGGUAUCCAGAUUGAGGGCCUGUCCGACAUCACCAAAGCUUAUUCGCCGUUGAACAUACUUGCUGACACGUCGGAUGCUGACGAUACCCUUCCGCCGUUGGGCAAGGCAGAGACGCCGAUGCAUACCGUUCUGAUCGUGUACCUCGAUACGGAGAAGCCUCUGUCCGAACCCAAGUGGGUGAAGUCCGGUGAUGUACAAGAAUGGCUCAAGAGCAUGUUCGGGCGCAUGUUCUGGGUUGCCGGUGACGCAGCUGACGGCUGGGAAAAACGGAUCCAAGUCGUCGACCCUGAUCCCGCACCAACCAUCUGGACCGUUCUGGAAGGCUGGGCGACCAACUCGCCUGUCGGUACGCAGACGGAGCGUCAGCGCUUCCUUCGCACCCACAUGACGGAGACAGACAACAUCUUGGAGAUUCUACUGCGCCUUGUGCGAGGCGAACGCGCGACGGCGUUCGCCGGUUCGAGCUCUACGAUCUCUGCCCCCAGCGUGUCCGGUCCGUUGCUCUCCGCCCUGUCUCCCGGUUCCGCCCACGGUGCGCAACAGACUCACGUUUCGCUGGCCGUGCUCGCUAUGUUCCGCAUGUCCGUCGAGUACGCGAAGAAAGCGAUGGGCGACAAGGGCAAAACCGAGGUCGAGGAGCGAAUGGGCGAGAUCAUCCGUUGCCUUCCCUCGCAUCUUCUCUACAAGAGCCUGGACGGUAUUUUCAAAGAAUGGAAAGCGGAGAAGAAGGGGGGUGGCCGAUGAAUAAUGGCUAUGAACUACAUCAUUGUACAUUUUCUCUUACAAUUCUUUCUCGGCAUCAGCAACGUUGUCGUUUAUACUAGGCUUCCUCUUUAUAUGCGAUCAAGUGUUUC